UCUAGCCUUUUCGCAUUUUGAACUAAGUCGUGUUGUUAAUAUAUUUGCUUUUAUGUUCUAUGUGGGUGCUUUGAAGCAAGUUUUCGAGAACACAUCUAUGUCAAACUGAUACGGAUUGGAGGAGGGGGAGAGAGAAAGAUGGUUGGGCCGGCAGAGAGAAAGGAGGAAGCAGGUGGAGAAGAUUAAGGGAGAGAGCUGAUUCCUAUUUUUAUGCUUUUCAAAUAUUUGUUAUUCGGUUUCCUUUAUUUUAGCACUAGAAUUGCCUAUAUAUAGAGAGAGUCUCCUAAUAGAGAGAUCAUUAUUGGACGAGUUUUUCUCGUAGGCCUCCUUCGUGAGGAUUAGGCCUCUGCGGAGGAUUUCCCUUUCUUGUUUCGCUAUUCAGUUUCUUUCAAUAAAGCCUAGCAUUUCUGAUUCCAGAUUCUAUAUUAUAUUCUUGUUCAUCAGCCUUUACUCCUAACAAUUGGUGCGGUGAACGAUGGUCAACCCUAGGGGCGAUUCACGCCUAGACGGUUUGGAGAGGCUACUGCAAAACUCAACGCCCAGCUCCAGCAGACGAACGAACGGGUCUCGGCGUUGGGGUCAAAACUCGAAUCCAUGAUAGAGGAAGUGCGUGCGGGUUUCGCGGCCCUCAACCACAAGUUCAGAGCAACGCCGGAGGACGGUACGUCCUCUGAAAAUCGGGAAUCUAAUUCGGUGUCAGUUGGAAACAAAUCAACGUCGCCAAUGCCAAUUUUUGGUGGAUCUGAGCCUCUCGCGUGGCUCGCGCGGGCAAACCAAUAUUUCCUCGUCAACAAAACAUCAUCGGAUAGACGUGUCGACGUUGCCAUGCUCGCCAUAGACGGACCUGCCAAGCCUUGGAAGCAAUUGCUCGUUCGUCGCUGCCCCUCCUUAUCGUGGGACAAGCUUGUUCAAGAGCUCUUGCAACGUUUUGGUGAUACCAUCACUUCAGGAAGCUGCGUCGCUGGCAAUUCAUCCAAGUACAGUAGUAAGGAUCCUUUUUCUACUGUCUCUGUUGCCAAAAACCAGCCAAAAAUUCCACCCAGAACCAGCAAUAAUUCUGCAGCUAUCCUACCCAUCGUGACAGCACCAUUGCUGUCCUCUAGCCUGUCUACAACAGCCCUGCCGGAGAUACCACCUAUUACCACGUCAACAAUCCACCCUGAUAUCGAUACCAAAGCGGACAAUAGAACACCCCUACCCUUGGUAGUACAACAGCCUAUUCAUAUUUCUGUUUUAGUGCCUCUGCCAUCUCCUACCAAUCUGCCUACACCAACAGUGGUGACAACACCGCUGUGGUUCUCGAGUGCUGAUAUUUCACUGUUUCAGCACUUCUUCCCUUUGCUGCUAUGUACAGUUCAUGCCGCUGCUGCUGAGCUGGCCACAAUCAUGUAUCUACUUCUUCUUGUUCAUGGGCACAUUCCUUGGUUCAGCUUUUCACCUCCUGUCCAGAAGCAUGAAUGGGAGCCUCCACCGAACAAUGUAAUCGGUUUCAGUUUUGAGCUCAGCCUUGAGGGCAAGGCUGUUUUGAAGGUGAGGCAGUUGAUACGGAUUGGAGGGGGAGAGAGAAAGAUGGUUGGGCCGGCAGAGAGAAAGGAGGAAGCAGGAGAGGAACCAUCUGCUAUGUGGAACCAACCACAGAUGAUUAUUCCACCGAUAGUAAAAGUUGAACCUGAUCUGCCAUAUGAAACAGGCCAAUUGGAUACUACCAAUCCGAUUUCAAUCUGUCCAUUUUCAACUCAGAUAGAAAGCCAACCAUACCUGGAGGUGUCAGUAAAGAUUGUAUUAGCUCAUACAAGGAGAUGGAGAUUGAGAUUGACUAAAUCCCAGAAAAUGAAAGCUCCGAUGAUUAUAUAUCUGAGAGGCUCGGUUGGAGGGCUGUGGCCAGUUGUCUACCGUGAAUAUGUUGGUGGCGGAGCAUUGACUGCUAACUGGACUGAAUUCUGCAAGCGAAACAGCAUUAAGCCUAGAGACAAUUGCAGGUUUCAAGCUGAAGAGAAUAUUUCAUUUGUCGUUUUUAGAGUCAUUGUUACUCAUGGAUCUGAUUAAUUUCCCUCACUAGCUAUACAGAGUUUGUUGUGCAGACUAAGCCGUUCAGCGGAAACAUUAGAUGAAGCUAUUCGUAUUUUAAAUUGCGAUUUCCUAACCCUAAACCUUUUUCCUUAAGUGACA